AUGUCUGGAAGUCAUAGUGAAAUGCUUCGUGCGGCUACAGUCCAACUCGUUACUUUGCCGGCAUGUGCGACCGACUGUUACAUUUCCUUGACUGCUUCGCCUGAUAACUACCCAUGCGACAUCGUCUCCAAUAGCGCUGCACUAGAGCAAUGCCUCCUUCGCAGUUGUUCUCUGCCGCAAGCUAUCCUCGCAAGGAAUAUUACGGAGACGGCGUGUGGCACUCCAACGCACGAUAACUCUACCGAUUUUCUCGUUAUAAAUAUUGUGUGCGGUGUCGUAACUGCUGCGGUCGUUGCGACAAGGCUAGCAUAUAGAGUAUUCUUCAGCCCCAAACGAGGCUAUCUGGACAUCGAUGAUGCGCUGAUUCUUGUCGCCUCUCCUCUCGCCAUAGCAAGCUUGGUGACAGUACUGGUCGGACUGUGGGGGAAUGGAAUCGGCAAGGACGUUUGGACACUGAGUGCCGAUGAAUUGGUCAGCUUCGGUCUCUACUUUUACAUCAUGGAGGUUUUAUACCUGAGCCUCCUUACGCUCAUCAAACUAUCCUUGUCGGCCUUCUAUCUUAAAAUAUUUCCUGGCACGACAAUUCGACGACUACUGCUCGGAACCAUCAUCUUCAACAUCGCAUUUGGGCUUGCCUUUCUCUUUAAGGGCGCAUUCCAAUGUACACCUGUAGACUAUAGUUGGCUUCGCUACGACACAACAAGAGGGCUGACAGACGAAGGCCAUUGUGUGCAGAUCAAUAUCGCGGGAUGGACCAAUGCGGCAAUAAGCGUGGCUACAGACUUUUGGCUGAUAGGCAUACCUUUGAGUCAAUUGAAGAAACUACAACUUCACUGGAAGAAGAAGAUUGGCGCGGCCUUCAUGUUUAUGACGGGAUUCUUACUGACCGCAGUGUCGAUUCUUCGACUCACCUCACUUCGGAAGUACUCCAACACAACUAACCCUACGCAUGAUGACUACAAAAUCGUCCUCUGGUCAACCGUUGAAGUUAGCAUUGGCAUGAUCUGCACUUGCCUGCCAAGCAUCCGACUGGUUUUGGUACGUAUUUGGCCGAAGCUCUUUGGCAAAACUUCCCGUGUUCCAAGCAAGCAUACACCACCUCCAACCUUCGGCGGACGGCUGCCAAAACAGAGCCCCGAAAGCUCAACUUCCAAGGAGAAUUAUGAAAUGGACACAACCGCCAUGUUAGCGGAGCCUUUGGAGAGAAUCGAAAUGACGGCAUCCGAUCGGUUACAAAGCCUCCAAAGUGAGCAUCCAGACAUCCAACUUGUGACACCAAAUGAUGAAAACUGGGAGGAGAAACGUCAGACUCGCGGCCAGGCAGGCCAGGAAUGCAAACCUCUUGGAAUUGCCAUACCAAAGAAUGCAGAACAAGUCUCUAGCAUAGUUCGCUGGGCUAGGUCUCACGAUGUUGAAAUAAGUGUUCGCACUGGCGGCAACGACAUGUACGGGCGCUAUGUUGUUGAUGGUGGACUAAUUAUCGACAUGCGUGCCAUCAAUUAUAUCAACGUUGCUGAAGAUAAAAAGUCAGCAACCAUUGGCGGAGGAGUUAUAACCAAGGAUCUCAUCUACAAGUUUGAAGAAGAAGGUGUCAUUGCACCAUUCGGCAACACUUGGAUUGUGGGAUAUGUGGGUUGGGCGACUCUCGGAGGGUAUGGACCUUUGACAAACUUACUUGGCAUGGGGUUUGAAGGCAUUCUUGCCGCUCAAGUAGUCAAUGGCCGCGGUGAAGUGGUGGAUGCUUCGCCUGAGAUGCUGGAGGGUAUUCGUGGUAUGGGCGGGAAUCUGGGUGUUAUUACCUCGUUGACUUUCAAGGUCUAUCCUGCCAGACAGUUGCUCUCCGGCAUGCUUCUCUUCGAUGCCACACCGGAGAAUGUCAACACCCUCGUGUCCGCCGAGGCUCGUCUAGUCAUCCCGAAGGCCGUCACACUCCAUCACUUUAUCAUGAUGCUACAGGAGCGUAUGCUAGCCGUCAUGUUCACAUGGUCGGACCCAGACCACAAGCAAGGAAAGGCAUUCUUAGAAAAGUUCAUCAACGAGCUGCCGCCUGUAAAAAUGAAUACGGUAGCUACGAAAUCACCUGUCCAGCAUCAAGAGCAAGUCCCACUGAAAUGUUUACCCUGGGGAGCACAGCGCUCUAUUUACAUACAGAACCUGUCGCCAAAAAUUAUAGACAUCCUCAUGGAAGCACAGAAAACCAUGCCUGCAGACGUCAACAUGGGUUGGUCAAUGGAGACAAUUAUAGAUCAUGAUACCUGCCCACCGAACUGCUUCGGUGUUGGUAAUCAUCUUUUACUUUCAUUUUCGGACAUGGUGCCUGAUGAGAAGCUACUUGAAGAGGCUCGUGCUUGGAAUGAUGAGUUGUAUAAAGAGUUGCGUGAAUCCGGAGAUCCUGCCGUCUUGGAGGGAUCUUAUGCAUCUCUCACGAGACCCGAUGAUCGAACUGCGCAGCAGCUUUUUGGGAUGAAGUGGCCAAAAGUGAGAGAAUUAAAAAAGAAAUAUGACCCGGAUAAUGUGUUUAGUAAUGUGGCUCCGAAGAUAGAUCUAUAG